UGCAGGCUGGUGGGUGUCAGUGCUGCAGCUGAUGUUUAGUUUGAGAGCGAGAGGGAAGAAUUCUUCUGUAUAAAAAUGAUUUCUCUCACUGACUCCCAGAAGAUCGGGAUGGGGUUAACAGGGUUUGGGGUGUUCUUCCUGUUCUUUGGGAUGAUACUGUUUUUUGACAAAGCACUUCUUGCUAUUGGAAACAUCCUCUUUGUAGUUGGCUUAGCUUUUGUGAUCGGACUGGAGAGGACUUUCAGAUUCUUCUUCCAAAAACACAAAAUUAAAGCUACCAGCUUCUUCCUUGGGGGCGUAUUCAUAGUGCUAAUUGGAUGGCCAAUUGUUGGAGUGGUUUUAGAGUUUUAUGGCUUUUUUCUGUUAUUCAGGGGGUUCUUUCCAGUGGUUGUUGGCUUCAUCAGAAGGAUACCCAUCCUUGGCUACUUGUUGAAUUUGCCAUUUAUUAGUGGGUUUGUGGACAGUGUGGGAGACAGCAACAGCAUGGUAUAACGGACACUGUGCUUUUCCUUACUCUUAUUUAUGAUGAAUUUUGAAUCAUCUUAAUUUCUAAAAAAAAAAAUGUUUUUGGAAACAUUUUUGGAAGCUGUGUUGAUUUUCUAUUUGAAUGGAAUGUCAAGAGUGUGUGUUGUUCACUUCCACAAGGCCAAUUGUACUGUGUGGAAACUACAACAGACCAUUUUUGGAGCUGUACCACAAGGUCUGUCAUUUGUAUCCCAAAAACUUCAAAGGCUCAACAUACCUUUUUUUCACUUAAACAGAGGGGCUGCUAUGUUGAAAAUAGAGCCUAUGUCUGAUUUUUUUAUAGAAUAACUUUUUGUUACUCUGAUGUUACAUUGAUAAAUAAUGAUGUUAUUUACCAAUUAAGCUGCUUUACAAACAGUACAAAAAUUCUCAUUGUGUCCCAUGACACCCAGAUGCAAAAAUGUAUACAGUCCACUGAAUUAAUCCAGUCCAAAAAGAUUCAUCCCCAACCUAUUUUUGUUAAAUAAUACAGAUAUGACAAAUGUUUAGUUAUUUAUUUUGCUUGUUUUCAGACUAAAUAAACUUCUACAUGCCAAAAACAAAAA